AUGAAUAUAUCAUGUAAAACGUAAAGUAUUUUAAAUGUGGAAAUUAUUUCUCUUCUUUUCCGACAUUUGAACGUUCUACAUGAGAAAAUUUGAAUUUUGAACCAGGAAGGUGUAUAUUCGUUUAAGAAAGAGCGUAAAAGACGUGGUUAAAGAAGGUGAUGCAGUGACAUCUUUUUUUGGAUGCGUCCGGUGAUUUUGUUUGUUUACGUAAUAUGAUUCACUCUGUUCAUUGUUGAUUUAAAAUACGGACUACAUGCAAGUUAUUUCAUCUGGAUGCCAUGAGUAAGGAAUAUGUAUCGAACAAAUUUUGUACUUAUUCUAUUUCUGGCAGGGAUAGAACUCACAACAACUCAAAGAAUACUAGAGUGUCCACUUGAUUGGUUUUCCCACAAUGUACAUUGUUACAGGUUCCAGAUGCACCCUCAGAGGACGUAUGAGGAGGCUGUAAAGACAUGCGAGGGAUAUGGUGCAGCUUUAGUGAGUGUAAAUACUCUGGAAGAAAAUAACUUCAUAACACAAAGACUCAAAGAUAUAGAUUUUAUUCGGUCCCUUUGGUACACCAGUGGGACCCUCCAGGACGGGAGCGUUCGCUGGAAUGGAGAUGGCACUCUGUCUACUGCAGGGAGCGUAUUAUUGUCUAACAUUGCUCACACUGAUCCCAAUCUUAGGUUCAUCGUCUACAGAUACUCUGAAAACCUCUUUACAUACCUAUUAACCAAGUCUGGAGGAGACGAACGUUUAAGUUUUAUUUGUGAGAUUAAGAAAACGGAGCUGAAUCGCAUUGUUCAAGAUGAGAGGGACUUUACAUAUGGAAGCAAUAUAACAGAUCCACUGAAGGUUGAAAGAGGACCCCGAUUUACAGUCCUUCCAAGCAAUAUUGUUCUAACUACUCGUUCAUACCUCCCCAGCAUUGAGUGCAUAGCUACCGGCAACCCUCAGCCCAAAUAUCAAUGGCAACGGAAGCGGCCCACGAUGGAUGUGGAGAUUCUUACCUCCAAUAAUGCCUAUACUAUCAGUAAUGGUAAACUGACGUUUGACAGUACUCGUCUGAACGAGACACGUGACGCUGGGGAGUAUUACUGUGUGGCCUCCAACAAAUUCGGUUCUGUCCGAAGCGAACCUUCGAGGGUGUCGUUUGGAAGGCUAGCGCAAUUUCCAGUGGUGGCUCCUGGCCCAGUGAAUGUAGCUCUGUAUCAGGGUACAUAUUUACAGUGUAAUCCACCUUCCUACAAACCAAACCUUAAGUACCAAUGGAUGAAGGAAAACUCAUUUCUCCUGCCGGUGUUAAACAAGCAUUUCUUUGUGUCGAUUGGCGGUAACCUAUACUUUUCCGAGGUCCAGACGUCAGAUGCUGCGAUAUAUCACUGUAUAGUGACGCUGGCUGCGUUACCAGGGGACACCAUGGCAACCGACCAACCGCCAACAGAAACGAGUAUGGGCAUGCCUCUCAGAGUGGCUGGCGAGAGUGCAUCCAACUAUCCUGCCCAAAUCCACACCGAUUUUCCGGCAGUGUUUCCCCGUACCCCACUGCUCGGGAUGGAUGUUGUCAUAGAAUGUCUAGCAUAUGGAAGGUCCCCACUCGACUAUUCCUGGAUAAGAGAAGGCAACAAAGACAUCCCUAAAAAGGCAUACACCAAAGAUUACAACCGAGUUCUUGUUAUCCCAAACAUACAAUUCGGUGACGAGGGGACCUACACGUGUAACGUCAAAGGAAGAUCAAACACCGACCAAAAAAGCCUUCUUCUGACCAUUGAUGCAAAGCCAUACUUUUUGUAUCCAUUACGAGAUCUUGUUGUGGAUGAGGAGAGUCACGUGACACUGCGAUGUGAUGCGCUGGGGAAACCCAGGCCUACCUUCUCGUGGUAUAAAAACAGCCAACCGUUAGUGCCAGUUGCAGGUGAAAUUGAAAUCGUCUCCAAUGUCCUGACAAUUCUCAGAGCACAAGUUGGCAAACACGGUGGGAUGUAUGAAUGCACUGCAACAAAUACACACGGAACCGCUAUAACCAGUGCACAAGUCAAAGUUUUGUCACUUCGACCCACGUUCAUUAAAUAUCCACUUCCCACUACCUUACUGGCAGCAGAGAGUGGUAACCUAACCAUACCAUGUCAACCGGAGGCGGCGCCGGCUCCAGAGAUUACAUGGGUAAAAAAUGGAGCACAAUUGUCAUUGUCAUUUACAAAUGGAAAUCAAAAUGGAGUUCAGAUGCUCCUGAAUGGUUACCUCAAAAUUGUUGGAGUUUCCCUCGGAGAUGGUGGCUUUUACACUUGUCACGCGAAAAAUAUACACGGAGAUGCGCAGACGACAACCAACGUUAUUGUGUCAAAGGGUGUUUACAUGGCUCCAAUACCUAGGGAAUACCACGUGGAUAGAAAUGGAACUGUAUUCAUUCAGUGCCAAGCGUCUUAUGAUGCCAGUAACCUAGACCUUGUCUACGUUUGGAAAUUCAAUGGCGAACUGAUCGACUUUGGACGAGAUACAUUGUUGAGAAAGGGGACGUCGGGCGGGCUGAAUGGUCUGUUCAUUAAUUACGCUGAUUACUUCCACGCGGGUCUGUACGAGUGUAUAGCACAGACAACCAUUACCCAGACAUCAGUGGCGACCAAUGUCAUUGUCCGAGGACCCCCUGGGAUGCCCGGUUUUGUAUACAGGGUGAAAGGAUCAGAAACGCCCCACUCUGUCACCCUUAAAUGGACCAGGGCACCCGACCAUGGAUCACAAGUGCAGUUCUACUACAUAGAGGCACAGACCAUUCUAAAUACAACAUGGCGUCUCAUGAGCAAGGUGAGCGAGAUGCAGACCUUACUCCCUGGUCCUAAUGAAGCUGACAAAAGACAGUUCAUCGUUUCCGGACUCAUUCCGUACAAUAACUACCGGUUCCGUGUGUACGCCUCUAAUGCUUACCUGGACCCUGGGGAAAUCAGUCGCCCAACGGAGGAAAUCCACAUCCCUGGAGCUAAGCCAAUUAUGGCGCCAACAAAUGUAGGGGGAGGAGGGGGCAGCGUGGGCGUUUUAACCAUUACCUGGAAGAUGUUGUCAAAGGAGUUACAAAGUGGACCGAACGUCGUAUAUUUUGUGUACUGGAGACGCAGUAGGAACGGGGAAACCAAUUUAGAAUUCCAAUCGAAAACUCUCCUUGUAUCGAACAAACUGCUGAUACAGACCAACAGGACUGACGGUACCUACGGUACCUACACGGUGCCGCUACCUUCUGAUGACCUGUACUACCUCCCGUUUGAUGUGAUGGUCGGCGUGGGCAAUGCUUUUGGGAGAGGACCAAACAGCUCCAUAGAGACCAUUUAUUCAUCAGAAGGAAUACCGCUUGCUCGACCAGUGAACGUGAAUGGCUACGAAAUUAAUUCUACGGCGCUUUGGGUAACCUGGGACCCUAUGGACAACACACGGGAGAAGGCAAAGGGUGUAAUCAAGGGCUAUCGGAUUACCGUAAAUAUAGAAAUCGUAGACGAUGAUACCAACGAAAUAAGUUUUAAGAAGGUGGUGACUUCUUAUUACCACGGACAAAUGUCGGGGAAUCAGGUGAUAGGCCUGGAACCCAACACAGAUUACUGGGUGACGGUGGAGAUGUUCAACUCGGCCGGACUCAGCAACCCCAGCGAAAGGCAGAGACUGAGCACAUGUCUUGGGGCGCCGAUACUAUAUCCAGAGUUUGUUACCAUAAGUUCUCACGGACCCGACAGUGUUUACGUGGAAUGGCGGGGAGUGUCAACUGGCUUGUAUGAAGAAACACUUUGGGGAUAUAAGAUGAGGUAUUGGUUGCAAGGUGACAAUAUUCGGACAGCAAACGAUACCAUUACUGGGAAAGAAACUCAAGGGGUUAUUUAUGGAAUUCAGCGAGGUUACGUGUAUUCCCUGAGAGUUCUCGGAUUCAGUAAAGGCGGGGAUGGGAAAAUGAGCCCAACCAAAUAUUUUACGCUUGGUGGGUUGGUACCAGUGGAUAGAACAAUAUCCGAGAUCCGUGCCGCCGGCACCAAGGACCGAGCAUCCCUCCUGAUUGUGUGUGUCUGUAUCUUGUAUAGUUGUGUUUUUUCAUGAAUUCAUAAACUUUGAUUAUCCUAUUGCACAAUGCUGAAUAAUAUUACAAAUUGCUGACUUUGAACAAAGAGAAUGAAUACUAGUUUUUUUUAUUUCCAUCAUUCCACCAUUAUUAUUGUCUCAUCUAUACAUGUGUAUAAGUGGUUUUUUACUGUUUGGGUUGAUUGCGAUAUACAUUUUCAUUCAUUCAUCUCAAUAAAAUAUUUUUUUUAAUUAAAAAA